AUGUUUGCAGAGGAGACAAUGGCGUUGAGAAGCGGUCUAUCGCUGGCAUACAAGACACUCGUGAGGCCAUCGAUGGCAUUGCCGUCGCGGCUAUAUCUGAGGCCAUUGAGCGCCGAGACGUCCGAAGACAUGCGCAACAGAAUUGACAAAUUGGUGGCCAAUAAUAAAGUGGUUGUCUUCAUGAAAGGAGAUCCACAACAGCCUCGCUGUGGCUUCAGUAACGCUGUUAUUCAGGUCCUCCGUAUGCAUGGCGUUGAAUACGACGCCCACGACGUCCUGUCCUCCGAAGAGCUCCGCAAAGGCAUCAAAGACUACACUUCGUGGCCAACAAUACCGCAAGUCUUUAUCAAUGGAGAGUUUGUCGGCGGAUGUGAUAUACUUCUGGAGAAACACCAAAACGGAGAGCUCGUCGACGAUCUCCAGAAGAUUGGCAUCAAAUCGGCUCUUCUGGACACA